AUAAAAUCUUGCGAGGCUGUUUCGGAUAAUGAAGCGCUCGUUCGAAGAAGAUGUCGGAGAAGGUGCCGCCCAACCGGUCCGUGGAACUCGACAGCGCCGAAACGACCAAGGCGGAUGGGGAAUCCUUAGCUUCAUCAAGCAUGUGCCCAUCCUGAACAAAUUGGUGGCGGCCGCUGAAGACGACGACAUCGAGACGGAAGAUCUCUCCGUUGACCUCGCCGAGACCCCAUCUCCCAAACGCACCAUCCAACCCAAGUCGCCUCUACGACGGGCAAGUGCCGUCACCCCCAGCCAAGGUAGCGACAACAAGCGGUCAUUUACCUUUCCUCGGGCGACGGGUGACGAUGAAGAAAAGACAUCGGCGUCGCCUGCGAAACCACGCUUCGAAAGCAUCGAACAAACGUCGGCCAACGCAUUUGUAUUUACGCGAAAGAGCCACAACACGACUCCAAACAAGCAGCAAAAGGUCGUGCCCUCCAGCGUCCACGACCAAACCAUCGACGUGUCGGACUUUUACACACCAGGAAGCUUUGCCCCGCGCCACGUCCCAACCAAGGAACAAGUCCAACCGCCUGUCGCCGAGAGCACGGUGGUGCUUCCAAUUCAGCUCUUUGGCGAUUCAUCUUCGUCCAACCCGUCUCGACUGAGUCGUGGGGGACUGAUCAAGAAAUUCACGCUCUCCCGCGAAGAACGCCGCCAGAAACGCCCUGUCCCGUCGCGCCUGCUGGCCAACCACUCGGCAAACGCUCGUGAAAACUCCAAGCUGAUCACGGAACGCAUCUUGGCGACAUUGAACGCCAUGGACGCCGAUCCGCUGGCCCAAGAGACGCAGAAACCCGCCCCGAGCAUGUCGAUGUCGUGGGGAAAAUACCAUUUGGACCUCGUGGAACACGCCAAUGCAUCGACCACAGACCAGGUAGCACCCGAAGGCGUGUCUCGGCCGCCGGUCACCUCGUUGAGCUCCACGUUGUCCAAGCCCGCCGCCUCAUUGGUGACGCCUUCCGCUACGGCCGAACCCUCCAGACCCCCGCCGGUCAAACGCGCUGCUGGCGAAGUCUUCUUGUUCGGGUUCUCCACCCCGCCGCCCGCCUCUGGCAGCGUUGCGUCCGACGCGGAAACGCUGCUGAACAAGCCGGUCAAGUACUCGUUUUCCAAGCCAACCAAGGUCAUCCCGUCCAAGAACGCCACGUCCGCCAAGCCAUACCAGUUUGUCAGCGCGCCCGUGCACGCCCCCACGAUCAUCCGCAAUGCGUCUCCACCGAGCCAUGCCGCCGCCGCCGCGGCGCCUCUGCCGUCGCCUGCAUCCUCCUCCGUGAACCCAUUGGACAAAUUCAAAGCCCGCAAACCGGGCAGCUGGACGUGCAGUGCAUGCCUCGUCAACAACUUGGACGCCAAGCUGACCCAAUGCCCCAGCUGUGAAACGCCCAAGGAGGCGGCGACCUCGACGCCUCCUUCGUCGAGCAACCCGCUGGCCAAAUUCAUGCAGCACGCAGCCGGCAGCUGGGCCUGCCCGUCCUGCAAGGUGCGCAACGGCCCGUCGCAGUCCAAGUGUCCUUGCUGUGAAACUGCCAAGCCCACCGACGACCAACCAGCGCCAACUCCGUCGACCGCUUCGGUUGGGGGGUUUGCUUGUUUUGGCGCCAGCGACAAGCCAUCUACUUCUUCUUCGUCCAACGAUGCGGGACUUGACAGAUCCAAUGAAGGCAAACCCGCGCCCCCGUCGUCCGGGUUGUUCUCGUUUGGAGUCAAAGAGUCCGCCGCCCCUGCUGCCAACGUAUCGUUUGGCGUCCCAUCCGAGCCAAAGGCGUCUGUGACACCGGCGGCGACGACGACCCUGGGGGUCUUUUCCUUUGGAGCUCCUGCCGAGACUAACACCAAGCCAGCCACGGGAUUUGGCUUUACGUUGGAGUCGAAAGCGGAUAAGACUGGAGGUGAUGACAAGCAAAACAAGCCCGCGUUUACGUUUGGUGCCGCGACUUCUGCGUCGGAUAAAGCCACGAGCGACGACAAGACGGCCAAGACGGCGUCGUUUGGGUUUGGAAAACCCGUUGACACGUCAGAGGACAAACCCACCACUAGUGGUUUUGGUGCUACUAGUACUACUACUAGUACUACUGCUCCUACUACUGGGGGAGGCGGGUUUUCAUUUGGGACGCCCGCUUCUCCGUCAACUGGGACCAAAGAGCCCGUGUUUUCAUUUGGAGACGCGGCCAAGCCGGCAACGUCGUCGGCAUCGACUGAACCUGCGCCUUUAACGUCCUUUUCGUUUGCACCGCCAGUGUCCAAGAAACGAUCAGCCGACUCGGAACAAGACGGAGCAGGCCCGACCAAAGUGGGUGGAAGCGGUGCUGGUUUUGGCAGUUCAACCUCUUCCUUUGGCAGCUUAGCGUCGACGUUUGGGUCUGUUCCUGCUGAUAAACCGUCGACGUUUGGGUCUGUUCCUGCUACCUCUACCUUUGGCGCUGCCCCUGCUACCUCUACCACUGCUACCCCUACAUUUGGGGCUUCAAGUGGCACUUUGGCGUCGGGUGCGGCCCCCACGACGGCCGCUCCAGCUGCUUCGACCUUUGGGGCUUCAAGUGGCACUUUAGUGUCGGCUGCGGCCCCCACGACGGCCGCUCCAGCUGCUUCGACAUUUGGGGCUUCAAGUGGCACUUUGGCGUCGGGUGCGGCCCCCACGACGGCCGCUCCACCUGCUUCGUCCACGUUUGUCUUUGGCAGCACUGCUCCUCCCCCUUCGUCCACUCCGCCCAAGGCGACUCCGGCCUUUGGUGGGUCGUUCGGGGCUCCUGCUGCCGCGCCAUCGACUUCGUUUUCGUUUGGCAGCAACACCACUGCUGCACCCAGUGGGGGCGCGUUCGGGGCUCCUGCCGCCGCUGCUCCUGCUGCCCCCGCCGCGCCGACCUCGGCGUUUGGUGCGACGUCCUUUGGCGCCGCCGCCCCCUCUGCGUCGUUCGGCCAGUCCCCCCCCACAUCGUCGUCCGCCUUCGGUGGCGGGUCCACGUUCAACUUUGGGUCGGCACCGGCGACGACUGGGGCGUUUGGCGCCCCUGCUGCUGCUCCGGCCUUUGGAGGGUCUGCUCCGACCUCCUCCAGCUCGUUUGGAGGUUCCUUCGGGGCGCCCGCUGCCCCGACGUCAUCUGGCUUUGGCGCCCCACCAGCUGCCUCCGGUGGGUUUGGCGCCCCGACUCCUUCAUUUGGAGCCCCCCCGUCGUUUGGAGGUGCCCCACCAGCUCCAGCCUCAGCUGGAUUUGGCGGGUUUGGAGGCUUCGGCCAACCAGCCCCCAUCACGGCGGCUGCCGGCAGCUUCAGCAUGGGCGUGGCAGAACCCAAGAAAUCAGCCGCCGGCCGAAGAAUAGUCAAAGCCAAGACCGCCGGCCGUCGCCAAUCGCAAAAUUCAUAA